GCGAGUUCAUUCGAAUUUCAACUUUCGCCGUGAGUGCAACGUUUUCUGAGGCGCAACACGAGGCAGCGCAAGCAGCAACAAAAACAACAAUAACAAGAACAAAAGAGAGGAAGAGAACGAAACACAGUGCAACAGUGACUGAAGUGACAGAAGUGGCAACAAAUAAGUUGCAGGCAGCAUGUGUUGCAUGCAGCAGUGAUCGGGAUCAUACAAUAUCAAAUACAAAGAAAUUAUUCCACAACGAAAAUAUUCCACGAAACAAAACGGAACUCCAGGCGAUCCAGAUCCAGAUCCAGAUCCAGCAAGCAACCAACCCAACCAGAGGCGCCUCCAAAGUGGCUGCAGCAACCCAAAGAUGUUUUGAGCAGCACCCCAACAGGAGAUCCAAGUACAGUGAAUCCUCUCUCUGCUAGAAACACACACACCCAAACACACACAUAAUACAUAAUGGACAUGACCAAACAGUUGAUGGACUUUGAAAUAAAGUCGGAGAGCGAGUUCGAGGCGAGCGACUACAGCCGCAUGGCCACAGAGGAGCCCAAAGGGUCGCCAGAGCCGCAACAGAAUGAUGUGGAAACCAUUCCCGAAAUGGACACCAAACCCUCUGCCAACGAGCAGGAGGAACACAGCGCAGAGGCUGCCACAGAAACAGUCCCUGCCACAGACAGAGACAAGGCAACGCCACCCACAGUCCAAGAUGUGGUCGCGGAAGAUGUCGCGGAACCAAAGCAAAAUCUGAUCAAAGAUCCACCACUGACACCGCCCCCAAGGCCCAUGACCUCCAGCGAAGUGGUGGGCCUGCGGGAUCCCGACGAUCCCGAGCUGCAUCUCCAAUUGGAGGCCAAGAAGUCCCGCUCCCUGCCCGUGUCGCCACAGCCGCAGGCCAGCCACAAGCUGGCAGCAGCCGCACUCUUCGAGUUCGGACAGACAUCGCCGACUACCCCUGGAAAACCCAUCAAAAUGGACCAAAAGGUGACACCCGCGAGGCGGCGGCUGCCGCCCGUGGUCAGUGGUGGCAGUGGCGGGGGAGCCACGGACAACCAGCAGUUCUGCCUGAGGUGGAACAACUAUCAGUCCAACCUCACGAACGUCUUCGAUGAGCUGCUGCAGAGCGAGUCCUUCGUGGAUGUGACCCUCUCCUGCGAAGGCCAGUCCAUCAAGGCACACAAAAUGGUGCUGUCCGCCUGCUCGCCGUACUUCCAGGCUCUGUUCUACGACAAUCCCUGCCAGCACCCGAUCAUCAUCAUGCGCGAUGUCCACUGGUCGGAUCUCAAGGCCCUCGUGGAGUUCAUGUACAAGGGGGAGAUCAAUGUGUGCCAGGAUCAGAUCAAUCCCCUGCUAAAGGUCGCCGAAACCCUCAAGAUUCGCGGCCUGGCCGAGGUGAGUGCCGGUGCGAGUCGCGACGGCGCCUCCGCGCAUCCCAUGAUCCCCGACCAGCGCAUGUCCGUCUACGGGGAGGACGAGGAGGAGGAUGAGGAACUGGCGGCCGCCAUUCUGCGGCAGGACGAUGAUCCGGAGCCCAAGCGUGCCCGCCUGCUGCCGGACACCGCCAUGGACCUCAAUCAGCGGCAGCGGAAACGUUCGCGGGAUGGCAACUAUGCCACGCCCAGUCCGCUGCAUGGCGACAGCCUCCGCCCCGACGUGGAGUGCGAGUCCUCGCCCCGCACGGCAGUCACGCCCAGUGGCCAGAGCCAGCCCACAUCGACGAUCGUGCGGAACCCGUUCGCCUCCCCAAACCCACAGUCGCUGCAGGCGCACCUCCUCGCGGGCACAGGACACUCCUCCUCCUCCGCCUCGAGCAGCAGCUCCGGCGGCACAGCCAGCACGGGAGGCACAGCCGCGGUGGGCAACUCCUCAUCGUCGGCUUCGUCCUCGUCGGCGGGCACAUACCGCACGGCGGCACGCAGCUGCUCGCCGCCACCGCACCACCAGCAGCACCAUCCUUCGGGCAGCUCCAACGGCAGCUCCUCGGCAGGCGCCCAGCUGCACUCGCCCACCGGCGGUGGAUCGUCGAGCGGUGCCCAGUCCUCGCUGCCACCACACAUGGCCGCAGCAGUGGCUGCAGCAGCACAUCAUGCCGCUGCCGCUGUGCCCCAACAGCCACAGCCACCCGCCGCCAUGCAUCAUCAUGCAGCGGCAGCAGCCGCCCAACAGCUGGCGGCCCAGCACCAAUUGGCCCACUCGCACGCCAUGGCCAGCGCUCUGGCAGCCGCGGCAGCGGGCGGCAAUGGCGGCGGCGCAGCCUCGGCACCCGCCAGCGGAGCCGUGGGAGGUGGAGCCGUACCCUCGGCCUCAUCGGUGGGAUCAUCGCAUCACGAUGACAUGGAAAUCAAGCCGGAAAUUGCCGAAAUGAUACGCGAAGAAGAGAGGGCAAAAAUGAUCGAAAGCGGCGGCCAUGGCGGCUGGAUGGGCGCUGCUGCUGCGGCAACAGGCGCUUCUGUGGCGGCAGACAGCUACCAGUACCAGCUGCAGUCCAUGUGGCAAAAGUGCUGGAACACCAACCAGCAGAAUCUCGUGCAACAGUUGCGCUUCCGGGAGCGUGGCCCGCUCAAAUCGUGGCGCCCCGAGGCCAUGGCCGAGGCCAUCUUCAGUGUCCUCAAGGAGGGACUCUCCCUCUCCCAGGCAGCCCGCAAAUUCGACAUCCCCUACCCCACGUUCGUGCUGUACGCAAAUCGAGUCCACAACAUGCUGGGCCCCUCGCUCGAUGGCGGCACCGAUCCGCGGCCCAAGGCCCGGGGCAGGCCGCAGCGCAUUCUGCUGGGCAUGUGGCCGGAGGAGCUCAUCCGCAGUGUCAUCAAGGCGGUGGUCUUCCGCGACUAUCGCGAGAUCAAGGAGGACAUGGGAGCGCAUCAGUACGCCAAUGGACAGUCGCAUGCGACCUACAUUGGCGGCGGAACCACUACCAAUGGCUAUCACAGCGCUGCUGCCGCCAAGAUGGCCGCACAGAAUGCCGCUUUGGCACCGCCCGAUGCCAGCAGUCCGCUGAGCACCAUGACCGAGUCCCUGCGCCGCCAGAUCCUCUCGCAGCAGCAGCAGGCGGCGCAGCAUCAGCAGCAGCAGCAGCACCAACAGCAGGCGCCGCACAUGUACAAGUCCCCGGCCUACUUGCAACGCUCCGAGAUCGAGGAUCAGGUCUCGGCGGCGGCGGCGGUGGCUGCGGCGGCGGCCAAGCAUCAGCAGAGCGGCGGCAAUGUCGGCGGCGGGCGGGGCGCUGAGAAUCUGCCCGAUCUGACGGCCCUGGGCCUGAUGGGACUGCCCGGCCUCAAUGUUCUGCCAUCGCGUGGAGCAGGCGGCAAUGGUGGGGGAGCCGGCGGUGCGGCGGCGCCCUCGAGUGCGGCCAGCUAUGCGCGAGAGCUGACACGCGAGCGGGAGCGGGAUCGGGAGCUCAAGGAGGCGAUGCAGGCGCGUCAGUACGGGAGUCAGUCGCGCGGCAGCAACUCCUCCUCCAAGGCACAGCAGUCGAAUCGCCCCGGUGCCGCCUCCCCCUACUCCACGCACUACGCCAAGCAGCAGCAGCAGCAGCAGCAGCAGCAGCAGCAACAGGUGCAACACGCGAAGCAGGAGCAUCCCAAUUAUGCGUACAACAAGCGCUUCCUGGAGAGCCUGCCGGCGGGCAUUGACUUUGAGGCGAUUGCCAAUGGGCUGCUGCAGAAGUCGGUGCAGGCGCAGAACAAGAGUCCCCGCUUCGAAGACUUCUUCCCGGGCCCAGGGGGGCCGCAGGACAUGAGCGAGCUCUUCGUGAAUCCCGAUGCGGCGGCAGCAGCGGCCGCUGCGGCAGCCUAUGCCCCGGUGCGCGAGUCGCCGCUGAUGAAGAUCAAGCUGGAGCAGCAGCAGCAUGCCACAGAGCUGCCGCACGAGGAUUGAGGCAGCGAGAGGAGGGUCAGAGGAGAGGCAGUGGAUUACUUUUGGACUGCUACUUGAGAGAGAAAAAUGCCCAACGUUUGAUUUUAUUUUCGAUUUUUGUUUGCAAAAUGCAAAAAAGGUUUUUAUCGGCUAGGAUGUAGGAUAUAUACGAGUAUAUAGGACUAUUAUUACAUGUAUGUAGGAUUCUUAAAGAGGUAUAAAAAAGUAUUAACAGGACACACCCCAUGCACACACACACACACACACAACAUAC